AUGCAACUCGUGCCUCCGUCUUGGCUUCUUCCUUAUGCCAUUAACGUCGGCGCUCACGUAAGGAACUGGUCCACCGUCAACCCUUUCUCGAUAUGUCCAAUUGUAGUCGGUACAAGUAGGCUUGUUGAUUCCAAGACCUCGCCUGCCUUUCUUGCGAUAGCGAUCACUCUCGAUGAGCUCUGGGAGAAUGGACAGCAUCAUGUUUCUAUACCUCGACUCCAACAUACACUACAGAAUCUAUUUAACGACCGGAAAGCUUCGGUACUCGAUGCAGACAGUAACGGAGAUACCAUAUUGAGUAGCAUUACGCGCAUAUUCCUUUACUUUCCCGCCGGCUUCUCACGCCCUGGGAAUGAGUAUAUCAGCCUCAUUCGUUUCUUGUUAGAGAUUGGUGCUGAUCCAAACAUCUUGAGGACCUCCUCCCCAGAUGAGGAUGAUCUGUUCAAGUUCGGCGACGUCAAAGGCACUAUAUGCGACUUACUUACAGGACCUAUCGCGUCUCAGGCAUCGAGACCAGCAUCCGCUAGUAUGUUGGAGCUUCUGAGUAUUCUCGAACUGAUUACAGAUGCUGGAGGUCACACUUCGAAACCCGCAAUUAUGCGUGUACAUCCGGCCUACAGAUGCGGUGUUUUUCGUCGGGAGAUCCAGCACCUGGAAUAUUUUGAAGACCAAAUUGAUAUGUGUGACCUUGGCGAUCUUGUGCCGAUGAUCCUACAGCGACAAGAAGAUCAAUUUCAGCGGAUCGUACAGAGAGCUAAACUAGCAACUCUAAAUCGCAGGUCUUCUGUCAACGGGCUUGCCCCGAUUCACUUUGCGGUCUUGUGGCCUGCAGGGCUUAGGAUGCUGCUCGAUAGAAACGUAUAUGUGAGUCCUGAAGAUACGUACGGUCGACAGCCUAUACAUCUCGCCGUAGCGCUAGGCAUAUCGGAAUCUGUUCAAUACUUGCUCAGCGCUGACUGUGGACUCUUUACUCCGCCACGUGACCGUAGCCUGUUGCAGCAUGCAUUGAUGUUGCCGAGUCCGCAACAGUCAGAGAUCUUGCACUUGCUAAUUCCCGCGCUCAUCGAACGCCACACACGCCUCAUGGAUAUGGCAGUUAUGGUCUUGCCGUCCUCCAUCCUUUCCAAGUUGAAUCUGGCGUCUGGGCAGCGACAUGAACAAAGAGCCCCAUCAAUAAUCGAAGCGUUGAUAUCACAUGGUGUCGAUAUUCCUCGAGCUUUAGAUUUAGAUGGAAAGAGCUUUUACUACUUUUCAGUCAUGAGCGAGAACAUGCACCUGGCGCCCAAGAUUGCAGAUGCAUUUUGGAAUGCUGGAUUCCAGGAUAUCGACACGCCUGACGAAAAGGGUGCGACACCAUACCUGCAAAGCUGGUAUUGCGCCAACUUUGAGAUGGUAGACGUGUAG